AGCCCCUUCCGCGCGCCCCCAUUGGCUGCGCCGGAGCAUGUAUCCAUUGAGGCGUCCCGCGGUUGUACCCAUUGAGGAGCCGGCGGGCUGCGCGGGGCCGCGGCCGCGGGGCGCGGGUGGCGGCGGGCGGGGAGCGGCGAGCGGCAGCGGCGGCGCCGCUGCCGCGGUGUUUCCGCGCUGAGCGGGGCAGCCCCGCUCGGCGGCACGUUAAUUGGAUUUCAUUCACUCGCGGUGGAGGAAAAGCCUCAGGGCUCGGGCUGCUGCGGCGAUUAGGCAGGUUCAUUCAGGGAUUCAUUGACAAAAAAAAAAAAAAAGGAGAGAGGAGACCGGGCAGGCUGGCUGCGCGCGCGUGGCGCGAGCAGGCACACGCGCGCGCGCGCACACACUCACUCACACUCGCACACGCACGCCGGGGCCGGGGCUGCUUCUCCCUCCCCGUGACUCCACCGCCGCCCGGCGUGGGGGAGGCGGCGCGGGGGGGCUGCGUGAUUCAUUUUCCUGGGGCGGAGGGAGAUAAGUUGUGCGGAGUUGGAGGGGUGCAGCCCGCCGCCGCGCCAGCCGCAUGCCUCUGUGAGAGAGAGGGGCGCUUCCAGAGCACGCUCCGCUCCCCCCGUCCUUCCUCAUGCUAGAUACGUUCAGACCCGUCCCUUUCGCGUCGGAAAUGGCGAUUAGUAAAUCCGUGGCGUGGCUGAACGAGCAGCUGGAGAUGGGCAACGACCGGCUGCUGCUGAUGGACUGUCGGCCGCAGGAGUUGUACGAGUCGUCCCACAUCGAGUCGGCCAUCAACGUGGCCAUCCCCGGCAUCAUGCUGCGGCGGCUGCAGAAGGGCAACCUGCCCCUGCGGUCCCUCGUCGCCAGCAGCGAGGAGGACCGGGAGCGCUUCGCCCGCCGGUGCGGCACCGACACGGUGGUGCUGUACGACGAGCACAGCCGCGACUGGAACGAGAACACGGGCGGCGAGUCCGUGCUGGGGCUGCUCCUCAAGCGCCUCAAAGACGAAGGCUGCAAGGCGUUUUAUCUGGAAGGUGGUUUCAGCAAGUUCCAGGCCGAGUUUGCCCUGCACUGCGAAACUAACCUAGACAGUUCGUGUAGCAGCAGCUCUCCUCCUUUGCCUGUCCUGGGCUUGGGAGGCCUCCGAAUCAGUUCCGAUUCCUCAUCAGACAUUGAAUCUGACAUUGACAGAGACCCCAACAGUGCCACGGACUCCGAUGGCAGCCCUCUCUCCAACAACCAGCCUUCCUUCCCGGUGGAGAUUUUACCCUACCUCUACUUAGGCUGUGCCAAGGACUCCACUAACCUGGACGUUUUAGAAGAGUUUGGCAUUAAAUACAUCUUGAAUGUUACCCCCAACCUGCCUAAUCUCUUUGAAAACGCCGGCGAAUUCAAGUACAAACAGAUCCCAAUCUCUGACCACUGGAGCCAAAAUCUGUCUCAGUUCUUUCCUGAGGCCAUCUCCUUUAUAGAUGAAGCACGGGGGAAGAACUGCGGUGUCCUGGUGCAUUGCUUAGCAGGGAUCAGCCGCUCGGUCACGGUGACAGUGGCCUACCUCAUGCAGAAGCUCAACUUGUCUAUGAACGAUGCCUAUGAUAUUGUAAAGAUGAAGAAGUCCAACAUUUCACCCAACUUCAACUUCAUGGGUCAGCUGCUGGACUUCGAGCGGACUCUGGGGCUGAGUAGCCCCUGUGACAAUCGAGUGCCGAACCAGCAGCUGUACUUCACCACCCCUUCCAACCAGAACGUCUUCCAGGUGGAUUCCCUGCAGUCCACGUGAGCUCCCACCACCUCCCUUCUCCUGUCCAUUUCAUGGGAUCACUCCUCAAUGGUUUCUCUUUGGCAGUGAUACAGAAAACGCAGCUUUCUCUUUUUCUGGCCUCUGCUACCAAAAAGCAGCUGCCAGGGCAGGCUAGGAAAGGUUACACAGUAUGGAAUCAGCUAUUGCGAAGGGAGGGAACAUGGUGAGCUCUCUGGGAAGGACCACAGUGACCAGGCGGCAGGUGGACAGCACACGCUCAUCCCUGCUUGCACAGUGGCUUGGGUCCGAGGACUUGCAGGGGGGUAGGGGAAGGCUGGACAGGCUGAGCACGUGUUCUCUAGACUGGAACUGUCCUGCUUCCUUCUCUGCUUUCGGAUCUGUGACACACAUCUUUGUCUUCAGUGAAGACUGGUUAUUUUUGUUUGUUUGUUUGUUUUAAUUUAGAGGAGCCAAAGAAAGAUUUCAGCUUAGUGUAUUUGGAGUACUUGUUUGCCGGGAGCUUGGUAGUAUUCUACUUGAUCAAUGUAAAUACUUAAUCUUAAAUUGAUUUGCAAUUUUUUUUGAAUUCACAUGUAUUCAAGAAAUCAAUCCAAGGGACGCUUGUGUUUUUGUUCUCUUCAUAAAUUCUGCUUUAUUUGUUUGGGGUUUUUUUGUUUUGUUUUUUAAAUUGCAAAGAGUAUAUUUGCAGCAUGCUUAAUUUUAUUGUUCAACUGAAGCAAGCUUUCCGUGAGGGAGAAAUGGCAAUGGUGAGAAGUUUGCAAAUUAUGUUUUGUGAGCAAGUACAGUCUUUUUUUUCAUAUAUCUUUCUCUUCCUUGUGGUGAUUUUUUUUUUCUCACUCUCUUGAUGUAGUUUCCACAUGAUAUAUAUAUAUUUUUUAAAUUAAAUUAAUUUUUUGCCUUAUCUUUUGUAAAUAGAUCAUCUGGGAGGAGGUUUGUCUUUGAAUGCGAAAGAUUUUUUGAUCACUUUUUAAAACUUUCAGAUGUGCUAAACAGUGCAUUACCUCUGUACAAAUUCUUCAGGGAGCUUCACCUCAAAUGCAAUAUUUUGCGUCCUUUUUUUUUUUUUUUUUUGUAUAAAACUGGAAGUAUGUGCGAGCAUUUGUACCUGUGUGUACGCACAGGGAACCUGCACAUGGUUGCCAAUAAGGGAGAGUCUAAUUCACGGUGUAAAAGUUUUAAGAUGGAAUUUAUUAUAAGAAUGUAAAACCUUAAAUUAUUAAUAAAUAAAUAACUAUUUUUGGCUA